AUGCACUCAACUCCAACAUGGGUUUUCGGCUACGGUUCCAUAAUUUGGAAAGUUGACUUUGAGGUCACUGAAUCUCUCGUCGGCUAUAUCGAUGGUUUCGUCCGGAGAUUCUACCAAGGCUCGACCGAUCACAGAGGGACACCGGAGAAACCAGGCCGCGUCGUGACGCUCCUGCCAUCGACCAGGUCGGACGAGAAAGUCUGGGGAGUCGCUUACCGGAUUCCGGACGAAAAGACUCAAGAAACCUUGGCUCACUUGGACUAUAGAGAAAAAGGCGGUUUCACGCGAUCGACCACCAUUUUCUAUCCGCGUGACUCUCGGCGCGAGCCCUUCAGGAUCAUAGUUUACGUCGCUGUCGAAGGGAAUAUUAAUUAUCUGGGACCCGCUCCGCUGGAUGAAAUGGCGAGAACUAUCGCCUUCACGCGCGGUCCAUCCGGACCGAACAUCGAUUAUCUCAUGAAUCUAUGCGAUUCGAUGCGCAAAAUCGCGCCUGGGGUGAUCGACGAGCACUUGAAUACUUUGGAGGAAGCUGUCAAGGUGGCGAUCAGUGAAAAACGGAUCGACGAGAAUCCUCAUCGUGAGUCGUGCUAGGGCACAGAUCCGUGACGCGAGAGCCAUCAGAGAGACAGACCGGGAGCCCCUCCGCGCGCCAGAUUUCCUUUGACAGCUCGCCGUACAUC